AUGGAGGGAAGUCUCCCGCUUCCUGUUUUGCUCAUCUCCUUUUGGUCCUCUCAUUCAGAUCCCCUCGGAGGUGUGUUUGCUAGGAGGGGUUGGGGACUUGUGCUUUUGCUUGGAAUGAAAAUCCUUCUCGGUGUUGCAAGUGAGUCCGCAUCAUUUCUAGCCGCCCAGAUCCAGCAACUUGCAAAUUUAUUGGCCUCCCAAUCGGACUCCUCUACCGUCCCAUAUGCCAAUGUGGUCUCUUCAAACCCCUAUGGUCCGACAAAACCAUGGAUAUCUGAUAACAGGGCUACAGAUCACAUAACAUGCAAUCUGGGCUCUAUGAUUGAUAUCUCCCUAAAUCCAUCCACCCCACCGGUUCAAAUUCCUAAUGGAGAUUGUAUUCCAGUUUCAUUUUUGGAUUAA